AAAAAAUUGUUUGUCUUGUGGAAUACUAAUGACAUCAAUUAAAAUCUAUGAAACCAAAUCUAGAACUUUCGAACAUAAUAAUAGCUAUUAAAUAACACAUUAAUCUAAUGAAGAUUCUUCUCUAGUCUCAUCUUUAAUUACCCCCAAGAUAAAAUUCCUCUAAACCUUAUUAUAUAAAGGGGACAUGGUGAGAACACUAAAGAAAAAAAUUAGUUGUAGAAGAAAUGGGAAGGAAGAAAAUAAAACUGAAUAGACUAGAAAGCCUGAAAGAGAGAAGUAGCAAAUACUCAAAACGUAAAAAAGGGCUUUUCAAGAAGGCAGAAGAAGUAGCAAUGUUGUGCGAUUGUGAAAUAAUUUUGAUUGUUGUUUCUCCGACCGACAAGCCUACCAUUUUCCACACUCGUUCUAAGUCCUUCAGUAAAAUUUAUGAGAGGUAUUGCAUGCUUUCAUUACAAGAACGGGAAGAAAGGAGAGCCUACACAAUAAAGACGUUGAUAAAAUUGAUGAACCAAAACAAUCCAGAAGUGACCAAUGAAAAUGAUCAACUUUUGUCUGAAAGUGAUCAAUUUUCGCCUGAAAUUGAUCAAUUUUCACCUAGAAUUGAUCAAUUUUCGCCUGAAAGAGGUCAAGAGAUUCAGGAUGAUAAUAAGGUCACUAAACGGAGAGAACUCAAGGAAUUGUAUGAUGAGAAGACGUUAAUUUUGAGAAACUGGGAAAGUCCGAAUGAAGUUAAUGAUUUGAACGGACUCAAUAUAAUGGAAGACUAUUUAGUUACUUCUCUCAAGCAUAUCAGAAAUUUCAUAAAGGUUAAGGUCCGAGAAGAACAGCAAAACUCUUAUAUGAUUUGAAAAUGGAGAGUUUAUUUGCAUUUUGCCGAUUGAAGAUCAUAGGAAAUUAUGUUAUGUUUUUUUAUUUUUUUUUCAAAUGAUUCACAUGUGAUAUGUUAAUUCUUUUUUUUACCAUUUACAGUGCAAUAAUAUUUAUAAUUUUUCCGGACCAUUUUCUUGAGAGUUGCACAUUGUAAGAUUUGCCUAUUUGCAAAAAAAAAAAAGGAACGAAGAAAACUACAUACAUUAACUUCUUUAAUUUCCUGCCAAAAAUCGGUUAAAAGAUAAAGGAUG